AUGCGGAACGUCUCGUUUAUUUUUCUAUUGUUGAUUACGAGUUCGACAAUUGUUUGAAUGUUGAAACGGAAAGUGGAAACAUCAGUAGAUGUGGCAAAUUCGCAUGCUGAUGAUGGAAAUGAAGGCACUUCUACAUUAAAGAAGAGGAAAGUACUUCCUUAUGAAGAAACAUACCUGCAUUCAAUACCACGUGCAGCUCAGUACGAGAAAUCGUUCAUGCACCGUGAUACUGUAACUCAUGUUAUCGGAACUGAAACAGAUUUCAUCAUAACAGCAAGUGCAGAUGGACAUUUGAAGUUCUGGAAGAAAAAGCAUGGUGAAGGAAUUGAAUUUGUCAAACAUUUUCGCUGCCAUCUUCAUGCUUUUUCCCACUUGGCGAUCAAUCACAAUGGAACAUUAAUGGCAACGCUUUGUAUGCAAGACAAAUCAGUGAAAAUAUUUGAUAUACCCAAUUUCGAUAUGAUCAAUAUGCUCAGUACAGAAUUUGCUCCUAGAACUGCCGCAUGGAUACAUCAAGGAAAUGAUGUUGUGCAGGUGUUAGCUGUGUCAGAUUCGGAGUCUGGGAAAAUCUAUAUUUAUGAUGGCAAAGGGGAAGAUAAACCAAUUCAUGUUCUAGAUAAAAUUCAUUCAAAUCCUGUGAAAUUGAUUGAGUAUAAUUCACAUUUUGAUUGUGCUAUUUCUGUCGAUGCGAAGGGAAUGUUAGAAUACUGGUCUGGUCCGAAGCGCGAAUAUCAGUUUCCGGAUAAUGUGAAGUGGACGUACAAAACAGAUACUGAUCUCUAUGAAUUUGUUAAAGUUAAAGCACCACCACGUUGUUUGCAAAUAGCACCAAAUGGUAAAUCAUUUGCUACAGUUGGAGCAGAUCGACGUAUUCGAUUGUUUGAUUUCGCUACUGGAAA